CGACCGACCAUCACUUUCGCCGCGGCGGAGGAAAGGCAUCUGAACAAUCUAGCAGACAACCACUGCAGACCUUCUGUACUUCUACUCGUUUCUACCCGCGUUAAUUCUUGUUAUUCACAACAACGUUCUGUUCAAAGUCACACAUCUCAGGUCACUCCCGCGUUCAUAAGUGAAGAAGUGGACAGUCCCUAAGAGCACCACCGGGCAGCCUCCGCCUACCUGGGCAAGAUGGCGUCGCACGUUGUUGUGAUCGACUCAACGGCGCGAAGAACGACCAUCAAGACAACUCCAAACAAGACUCUUAGUGAAGUACUCGAAGAAGCUUGCGGCAAACUCGGCUUGAACACUGCGCAGUAUGGCUUGAAACACAACAACAAACCAGUCGAUCUCUCUAGAUCCAUACGUCUCUCCGGCUUAUCUUCAGGCGCCAAACUCGAACUCGUGCAACUGUCCAAGUCCGCAGGUGUCGUGUCGAUAGCCCUCCAACUGCCAGAAUCGGAAUCAAGAGGUGUACCCAAUGCUCGACUUACAGACAAGUUUCCCAGUUCCACUACGCUAUGGCUGGUGCUCAGGAAGUUCGAGGCCGGGGUGGCAGGUGGUGAUGGCAGCCCUCGAAACUUCACAGCCAGAGGGGUCCCGUCCACUCAAAGUGGCACAUCAGGAGCCGGACGAUUGUACUAUGAACAGCCGGUGUUACAAGUCAUGAACAGAGAGUUGGCGUCUUUCACAGAUUUGCAAAAGUCAUUGGCGCAGCUCGGUUUAAAUAGCGGGACGGCAUUGUUGAGGUUAAGCUUCAGACCGACUGAAACUCCGCUCGAGGAGGCUAUGGCUCAGAUCCAGAGCUAUUUCGAUUCCCUCCAAGGCUCUGAGGCUGCUGUUUCCACGCUUACCCCGACCCAAACUCAGGAACAGCCACAGGCACAAGAAGUCGCGUCGUCUUCAACCAACCCUUUGCCAGCCUCGGACGACAAAAUGGUUAACGACAACACAAAAGGCAGCCUCUCACAGUCAGCUUCCCGUCCUCAAAAAGAAUCCCACCAGCCUUCCUCUCCUCAACCCGACACUGUAUCUCAUUCAUCGACAGGUCGUCAAGUCUCGGUGUUCAGACCCCCAAGCUCAACCACUCCAUCAGCAGCCCGUAUCUCACAUAACGAAGCUGAUUACACGCCGACCGUGGAACAUGCACAGAUUCACCAGAAACUACUACAAACACAGGGACGGAAUCAGCGUUUACCUACGGAAGCCGAGCUGGCGGCUCGGGCCAACGAAGAGGCGGCGAAAUGGGCAGCUGUGAAAGAGGUUGAGGUCAAAAUUCGGCUUCCUGACCAAAGUGCCGUGAGUGCCAAGUUUGCACCAGAAGACACGGCCGCAGAUCUGUACAGUUUUGUCAGAGAGUGCCUGGGCGAGAAGUGGCGAGCGGAACAUUUCACGCUUCGAAGUUCGGGGAUUCGUGGCAGGAAUGAAGUCAUCCCUGAUGAUCCGGCGAAGAAGUUGAUCCGGGAUUUGCAACUGAAAGGCCGUGUGCUGGUCAUCUUCGAAUGGGACGAUCAGCGAGCUAGUGCCGAGGCACGCAAUACGAAAGCCGUGCUGAAGGACGAAUUGAGAGCCAAGGCUCAGGAUCUUACCAUCCCUGAUAUUCCGACGGUUGACGAGGAUAAGGAUGAUCCUGGAGUCAAGGUGAAUGCUGGCAAGAAGGAGUCAACGACCGACCAGGGUGGAGAGGGUGGGAAGAAGCUUCCAAAAUGGUUGAAAGGCUUGACGAAGAAAUAGUCAGACUUUGUUUGGUCCAGCGAAACUUGCAUUCUGUCAGCGGUGGCAUCAGGUUUACAGCAGGCCCCAUUCGCAACGACGACACCUGAAUGAUUAUGAGCAUAGAGGAGAUGAGACUUCAAUGAUCGUGUACAGCUAAUAA